AGAGCUAAAUAUCAAUUUUAAGAACAAGAAAAGAAUCAUUCAAAAGCAAAGAAUGAGAAAAAUGAUAAUUACUAAAAGAAUCCUGCAGUUUACUUUUAGCUCAAUUUAAACCCUGUAGUUUUUUAGGACUAAAUUGAAAUAUUUAUGUACAAGCCCAGUCGUUAUUUUUUGUUUUUGUUAAUUUUUUUUUUUAAAUUACUCCAGGAAAACGAAAAACGACAGCAGUUUGGUGCAGCAGAGCAAAUGGCGGGAAAAUCCUAACACUCGCUAUAGGGUUUUUUUUUUUUUUUUCUCUAACCAUUUCUCUCACUAUUUUUUUCCGUCAAUUUCUCAGAAUCCAAACAUUACAGGAAAAGCGAAAUGCCAACAUACAAGAUUAGGGGAAUCGAUGUCGAUUUUCCGUACGAGGCCUACGAUUGCCAGCUUGUUUACAUGGAGAAAGUUAUACAGUCUCUCCAAAGCAGAUGUAAUGCACUUUUGGAGAGUCCAACUGGAACUGGAAAAACUCUGUGUCUUCUUUGUGCUACAUUGGCUUGGAGGAAAAGUCUUGGUCCGUUUACUACUGGUAAGAUUGAAAGGAAUGGCCGGACUGCAGGAAGCAAAUCGGAUGAUACUCCACCAUCACCUUCUGAAGGUACUGCUCUUCCUACCAUAGUUUAUACUUCCCGCACUCAUAGCCAACUCCGUCAAGUUGUUCAAGAAUUGAAGCGAUCCAGCUACAGGCCCAAAAUGGUAAUAUUAGGGUCGCGGGAGCAACUGUGCAUUCAUGAUGAAGUCAGUUUACUACGAGGAAAAGCACAAACAAAUGCUUGUCAUUAUGUUUGCAAAAGGAGGGAAAAGCGUCAAUGCACUCAUUUUGCUCGUGUUUCAGAUUAUGUGCGGAAAAAUCCGCAUCUUGGGGAUGAACCAGUUGACAUAGAGGAUUUGGUUAAGAUGGGAAGAAGAUUUGGGCCGUGCCCUUAUUAUGUAUCAAGGGAACUGCACAAGGUGGUCGACAUUUUGUUUGCGCCUUAUAAUUAUCUUAUUGAUCGUAGCUAUAGGAAAUCUCUUAAAAUUGAUUGGGACAAGAGUAUACUUAUAUUUGAUGAAGCUCACAACCUGGAAAGCUUAUGUGCGGAUGCUGCCUCUUUUGACUUAUCUUCUGGACUUCUGACAGCUUGCAUAUCUGAAGCAAAAUCUUGUAUUGAGCUUUCUGUAGCAAGGAGGGAAGAUUCAAAUGAUAAAUCACGCAAUCCAGAUAAUUUUGCUAUUCUUAAAGCGAUUCUUCUGAAACUUGAGAAGCGGAUAGCUGAAGUGCCUAUUGAAUCCAAGGACUUAGGAUUCACAAGGCCCGGGCCAUACAUUUAUGAACUGCUUGCUGAUCUUCAUAUUACACAUGAAACUGCUACUAAGCUCACUGAUAUAAUUGAGGAAGCUGCUCUGCUGCUUGAGGAAGAUAAGCAGAACACUGCAAAAGGCACGGUCUGCAGGCUGGAAAGCAUGGGCGAUAUUUUCAAAAUAAUUUUUAGGGAGAAAAGUAAUGCUCAUGCAAACUUUUAUCGUGUGCAUGUUCAGGAGGUUGAGGCCAGUGCUUCAGACUCCUUAAGAGGUAAGGCAUCUAGAACACUCAGUUGGUGGUGUUUUAAUCCAGGUGUUGCCAUGGAAGAGUUCUCCCGCAUGGGUGUUUGUUCUAUUAUUUUGACAUCUGGAACAUUAUCUCCCAUGGAUUCAUUUGCGCAAGAGUUGAAGUUAGAUUUUCCUAUUCGAUUGGAGAACCCUCAUGUCAUAUCCUCAAAACAGAUAUGGGCUGGUGUUGUGCCAGUUGGUCCAUCAGGGCGUUCCUUCAACUCCUCUUAUAGAAAUCGCGACUCAUUAGAGUACAAACAAGAGCUUGGGAAUGCUAUUGUCAAUUUUGCUCGAAUUGUACCUGAUGGACUGCUGGUAUUCUUUCCAUCCUACUACCUCUUGGACCAGUGCAUUGGGUGCUGGAAGAAUGUUACUCAUGCAAGCUCGACGACAAUAUGGGAAAGAAUAUGCAAACACAAGCAACCUGUUGUAGAACCUAGACAAUCUUCACUGUUUCCUUUGGCAAUUGAGGACUAUAUGGCUAAGCUGAAGGAUACAUCAACUUCUGGUGCAGUUUUCUUUGCUGUUUGUCGUGGUAAGGUGAGUGAAGGAUUAGAUUUUGCUGAUCACACUGGACGAGCUGUAAUGAUCAUUGGUAUGCCCUUUCCCUCAAGGAACGAUCCUAAGGUCAGAUUGAAACGCGAGUUCUUGGACGAACAGUUGUGCUUGCAAAGGGAUGCAUACAAGUCACAACUUCUAACUGGAGAAAGUUGGUACACUCAACAAGCAUCAAGAGCUGUGAAUCAGGCUGUUGGACGUGUAAUCCGUCACCGCCAUGAUUAUGGAGCAAUUAUUUUCUGUGAUGAAAGGUUUGCACAUUCAAAUUCCCAGUCCCAAAUAUCACUUUGGAUACAACCUCAUAUCAAGUGCCACUCCAAAUUUGGCGAUGUGGUUUUUACAUUGAGCCGCUUUUUCCGAGAUGGCCCUACAAAACUUAAGACAAUAAAAAUUGAAGACAUGGAAAAUGUGAGAGAGAUGAAAACUACACAGCCUAUUGACAAAUUUUACCUGGACGGUUUUCUUUCGACGCCCACGCCACAAGAUCAGAGUCCCGGUGUGAAAUUGUCUUCUUCUUUACUUAAAGUUAGAGGAGGCAAGGAAUCAAAGCAACUGCAGGAGGUUCUUCCAGCCAAUCGGUCAUCUCUCACUACUUUCAAGGAAAAUCAUGAUUUCAAACCGAAAUUUUCAAGUGGUCUAAUCCAUAAAGAGAAAAUAUUGCUAAUUUCUGGGAGGAAAGAUAUACAAUGUGAAAAUCACGAGAUAAUUGAUUUGACUGAAAAAUCUAUAUUGGAUGAAAUGCCAAGCAGGGAGAACUUGUUGGUACCAUAUUCUGCAAAGAAGCGUAGAGGACUCAACUCCAAGCAUGAUAUAAUGGGACAGAUUGCAAAUAGUCAAGAGCAUGCAUCUAGUUCCAAGAGGCAAAAUGCGCAAGUUGUUUCAGCAUUGCCCUCCAAUGAUCGUGGCAUUACACGGAAGGUUGACACUGAGUUGCUUACUCAGAAAAGUAAAGGCGUUCAGACCACUUUGGUACCUUGUAGUGAUGAGGAAAAAAGAGGAUCUGCAUUCCUGAUUCAGGUCAAAGAGAAACUCACAGCAGCAGAAUACAAAGAAUUUGUGGGCUUUAUGAAGGCGCUGAAGUCGAAAGCCAUGCAGAUAGGCAGUGUUCUAGAAUCUAUUGUGAAAUUAUUUUCUGGACCAGAUAGGUUUCCUCUUCUUAGAAGAUUCAAGGAUUAUAUUCCUGCAAAAUAUCAUUCUUUAUACGAGCAUUAUCUUGAAGCAACUGACAGAAGACUUGAUCACCAAACAUAAAUUUACGGAGGAACUGUAUAACUUCAUUACCUAAAAGCGCCCAUUUAAGUCAAGAUGGUGCAGUACUCUUUGUCUGGCUGUGAAAUCUCAACUUGGAAGGCCAUUGGCACGCUGCACUGCUCCAUGGGAUCAGGAAACAUAAGGCACCAGUAUAUGAGAAAGGAUAUUUGGCGUAAAAUGUAAACGAACCUAUGCUGAGAGAUAGAGUCGAGUAUAGCACCUGUAAAUUGUAAUUGUGACUGCGAGAGACUAAAUGUGAAGAUGGUCUCAAUCAUUGCUUCCUGGUUCUCAUGGUGCAAGAGAAUUGGGGUUAUCUUUUGUCAUAGAUUGGAGUCGGAAGUUAUUUACUGUACAUAAUUUUGAAGGACCCUUUGGAAUGAAGGUGCAAUUGUAUCAAUGAUAUCUUUCCUGAUUAUAGAAACUGUCUUGAGCCCUUUAUGAUUU